CUGCCGGUUACUCCUCACUCUUUAGUUCGAUUCUCAAAUUCUCCAAAAGUCUAAGGUGCACUGCCACAACCAACAUAAUCUCAUACUAUUACUGUCUUUGUCUAUCUUUACCUUUUCUCUGCCUAAUUUCUAUUCAUUCUUCUUAUUUGAAUGCUUAUUAUCCAAAAGGACUAGUGGGGGUUCAUUGUUGCUUAAAUUUCUGAAAUUUACUCCUUCUUACUUUACUAUUUUUUUAUUCAUCACAUCAUUGGUUCUGUUCCUGUUCUGUCCUAGUCAAAGAUAAGAUUUUUAGCACCUCUGAAACUAGAUCUCUCAUCUCUCUAGUUCAGAUUCUGAUCUUUGUAUCCAACAUGCUUUCUGCGGAUUCCCUUUUGGAAAAUCUUCCUGGUUCUGUGAAUGGAUUCAUAUUUGAGAACGGUCCCAUCUCGGUAUUUUCGAAUCAGAACCCAGAAAAUGGGUUCAAGUUGGAUGAUUCAACAUCCCCUUCUAACCAUUCAGAAUCUGGCACUGAUUCUUCUCCUUCUACUGCCACAAGCUCAAAUGGAGAACAUUCAGAGAGUAGUAAACAUUCUAAUCCUAUUCUCAGAUACAUAAGCGACAUCCUCAUGGAUGAAGAAGAUGACUUGGAGCGCAAACCCUGCAUGUUGCAAGAUUCUUUGAGACUCCAGGCUGCUGAAAAAUCAUUCUAUGAUGUGUUGGGGCAUGAUAAUUUUGGUGUGACUACUAGUUCUGAGAGUUAUAGCAGUUACACCACUGAUAAUUCAAAUGAGUCUGAUUGGUUUGAGUCUUCUUUCCUUCAAAAAUCUUUAGUUCAUUCCCCAGAAAACGCCUAUGUAACUCCUGAUCCGUUUAGAGAGACACAAGGUGGUAUUUAUUUUUCAAAUGGGGUGUGGAAUAUGAUUCACUCACAGGAAAAGCCACACAUGAUUCAUGAGGGUGUGAUGCGGGGUUCUAUGACAGCAAGAGGAUCAAGGGAGAAGAGAAGCCAUCUCACGAAUGAUGAUAUCUCAGAUCAAGUAGAGGAGAGAGGCAACAAGCUUUCAGCUGUAUACGUUGAUGACUCUGAGCUAUCAAGCAUGUUUGAUGAGGUGCUGCUUUGUAAGGAUGGUAGAAGUCCAUCCAUUUUCUGUGAACCAUCCUCAUCAUCAUCACAGAUAGCUGAUUCAGGAGGAUCUAAUGGAAAGACAACACGUUCGAAGAAAGGUUCCAACAAGGGGACAAGUGCAAGUGCAACAGUGGAUUUAUGGACUUUGUUAACUCAAUGUGCACAAGCUGUUGCUAGCUAUGAUCAAAGAACUGCAAGUGAAAUACUCAAGCAGAUUAGGCAACAUUCUACGCCUUGUGGUGAUGGACUUCAGCGUUUGGCGCAUUACUUUGCCAUUGGCCUUGAGACAAGAUUAGCUGCUGAUACACCCAAGUUCAUUCUCUUUCAGUCAGCAUCUGCUGCAGAUAUGUUAAAAGCAUAUAGAGUAUAUAUCACAGCAUCGCCAUUUCAGAGGAUGACAAAUUUCUUGGCUAACCGAACUAUUUUGAAGCUUGUACAAAAUGAGAGCAGUCUUCACAUUAUUGACUUUGGAAUUAGCUAUGGUUUUCAAUGGCCUUGCCUCAUCCAACGUCUUUCAGAGAGAGCAGGAGGGCCUCCAAAGCUUCAUAUCACAGGAAUUGAUCUUCCUCAGCCAGGAUUUAGGCCUGCAGAAAGGGUUGAGGAGACGGGGCGGCGAUUGGAGAAGUAUUGCAACAGGUUUGGAGUCCCAUUUGAGUACAAUUGCCUUGCACAAAAAUGGGAUACUAUAAGACUUGAGGACCUUAAGAUUGAUAGGAAUGAAGUAACUGUGGUUAACUGUUUGUUUAGGUUGGAGAACUUAACUGAUGAAACAGUGACUGCAGAUUGUCCAAGAGAUGCUUUGUUAAGGUUGAUCAGGAGGAUCAACCCAAACAUCUUCAUACAUGGGGUUGUGAAUGGCACUUACAAUGCACCGUUUUUCUUGACACGGUUCAGGGAAGCACUCUUCCACUUCUCAUCAUUGUUUGACAUGUUUGAAGCUACCCUACCUCGCGAAGAUCCAUCGAGGCUUAUGUUUGAGAAAGGUUUGUUUGGAAGGAAUGCAAUCAAUGUGAUAGCAUGUGAGGGGGCAGAGAGGGUUGAAAGGCCAGAGACCUACAAGCAGUGGUUUGUUAGGAACCAGAGAGCAGGGUUCAAGCAAAUUCCAUUGGCCACAGAACUCUUGAAUAAAGUUAAGGACAUGGUGAAAAAAGAAUAUCAUAAAGAUUUUGUAGUUGACGUGGAUGGCAAAUGGGUUUUGCAGGGAUGGAAAGGGCGUAUUCUUCUUGCUGUUUCUUCUUGGGUUCCUGCUUAAGCAAUGAUCAACUCUUAAUCCACUCAUUGCCAAGGAAAAUUGUCUUAGAUCUUAGGUUAGUUUUUGUGUAAAGUGCAUGACUAGGGGUAUAUUUAUUCUUGAAUUUAAGUGAACCGUUAUUGUAAUGUAUUUCAAGUUGAAUUAAGAUUAAAUACACUCUUAUUUGUACACUUUAUGAACAAGCUUAUAUUAUAAUAGAGGGGUUUGUGCCUU